CAGACUGAGAGCACAGAGCGGGAGCCGAACCGGGUGACAGCAGCAAGUGACCCGAAAUACAGCGGGAGCCGAACCGGGUGACAGCAGCAGGUGACCCGAAAUACAGCGGGAGCCGAACCGGGUGACAGCAGCAGGUGACCCGAAAUACAGCGAGAGCCGAACCGGGUGACAGCAGCAAGUGACCCGAAAUACAGCGGGAGCCGAACCGGGUGACAGCAGCAAGUGACCCGAAAUACAGCGGGAGCCGAACCGGGUGACAGCAGCAAGUGACCCGAAAUACAGAGAAACAACCUAUCUAGGUGGAAACGUGUGGCAGGAGGGUGAUCCAAGAGAAAGUGAACCAAAAGUGACCCCCUCAUGUGGAGAACGGACCCCCUACAGCACUGAGACCCCGAGAACGUCUCCCUUCUUCAUUUGGAUUGUGUUUCUUAAACCGAGUAAUCGACCAAGACGGAGGGGAUGAUGAGCGGCCCUUGUGAACCCCCCCCGCCUCUAGGGGAAAGGGGGAGGAGGACACGGGGCACCCGGGAGAUGGAAGGAACUCAACAAGACGAGACAGACACCAAUAGCCACGGCUCCAGCGGCAACGAAUCUAAUGGGAACGAGUCACGGCAAAGCCGGAGCUCACACAGCAGCACCAGCGGCAAUGGCAAGGAUUCGUCCAUGCUGGAGGCCACAGAGAGCAGCAAAAGCACAAACUCUCACAGUCCAUCACCUCCAAGCAGCUCCAUCGCCUACAGCCUCCUGAGUGCCAGCUCCGAGCAAGACAAUCCCUCCACCAGCGGCUGCAGACCCACCACAAAAGACAUACUGUUCCCCUCCAAAUCCUGUCUCCACUUAUGCCACCCUUCUACCUGUAGUAGCGAACAGUCUGCCCGGGAGAAAACUCAGAAAGAGCUGAUGAAGGCCCUAAAAGAGAUGAAGAUACGUCUCCCGUCAGAGAAGAGAGGAAAGGGCAAAUCGGGGACUCUUGCUACACUUCAGUACGCGCUGUCAUGUGUCAAGCAGGUGCGAGCCAACCAGGAAUAUUAUCAGCAAUGGACCAUAGAUGAAUCCCAGCCAUGCAGCCUGGACAUGUCCAGCUUCACUAUCGAGGAGGUGGAGAGUGUCACGUCAGAAUACACUCUCAAGAACCCUGACACCUUCUCGGUGGCGGUCUCCUUUAUCACUGGCCGCAUCGUGUACAUCUCCGACCAGGCCUCUCACAUCCUGCACUGCAAGAGGGACGUGUUUAAAGGAGCAAUCUUUGCAGAGUUUCUGGCUCCACAAGAUGUCAGCGUCUUCUAUGGAUCCACAGCACCUUACCACCUCCCGUCUUGGAGUAACUGCACUUCUGGAGAAACAACAUCCAUGGACUACACCCAGGAGAAAUCGGUGUUCUGCCGGAUCAGUGGGGGCCGAGAGCGGGAUAUGAACCUCCGCUAUUACCCGAUCCGCUUCACCCCGUACCUGAUGAAGGUACGAGACCCGGACAACACAGAGGGGCAGCCGUGCUGUCUGCUAAUAGCAGAGAAAAUACACUCUGGAUAUGAGGCCCCCCGCAUCCCUCCAGAUAAGAGGAUCUUCACCACCAGACAUACACCCAGCUGCAUCUUCCAGGACGUGGAUGAGAGAGCUGUCCCUCUACUCGGAUAUCUCCCGCAGGAUCUCGUUGGGAUGCCAGUCCUGUUCUUCAUUCACCCCGAGGACCGGCCGCUCAUGCUGGCGAUACACAAGAAAGUUCUACAACAGGCAGGUCAGCCUUUCGAUCACUCGCCCAUUCGUCUGUGUGCCCGCUCUGGGGAGUAUGUUACCAUCGAUACCAGCUGGAGCAGUUUUGUGAAUCCGUGGAGCAGAAAAGUUUCCUUCAUACUUGGAAGACACAAAGUUCGGACGAGUCCACUCAAUGAAGACGUCUUUACAGCUCCCAAAGGUGCAGAGAUGAAGCCUCUGGAUCCUGAUAUUCAGGAGCUGUCGGAGCAGAUUCACCGGAUACUGAUGCAGCCAGUGCACAACACGAAUUCUGGUGGUAACGGCAGCGGCGGGAGCAACACUUCACAAGAGCCAUUUCACUGCAACGCCUCAUCCAGUGAUAGCAACGCCAUGGUCACAGAGGAUGCGACAGAUCCCAAACCUAUGACAUUUCAGGAGUUCUGUCAAAAUGUGCAUAAAGUGAAGAGCCAGGGUCAGCAGAUGUUUCUGGGAUCCAGGGUGAUACGGCCACAUCAAAGAGGACAUUUUCAGGCUCUUGCCCCACCUCGCACAGUCCUCACUAGUGUAGACAACACUCCACCUGAUACUGUGCCCAGUCGAACACCAUGUGUCCCGGAGGAACUGGCUCGAAAGGAGACUUCUAACUACUCGUACCAGCAGAUUAACUGCUUAGACAGCAUCGUCCGAUAUCUGGAAAGUUGUAACCUCCCUAGCACUGUGAAAAGAAAAUGCGGCUCCUCUUCAUACACAUCUUCAACCUCAGAGGAGGAGAAACAGAAAACCGGAGAGAGCGACAAAGAAGACCCCUCGAACAGUCCACCUCAACGGCCGGAACUGCCUCCAGCUCCUACGCCCACUGCAGUAGGUUCUGCUCCUCUUGCUCCUUUGCCUCCAUUACCGCCCAGCAAGGCGGAGAGCGUGGUUUCCAUCACCAGUCAAGGAAGCUUUAGCAGCACAAUCGUCCAUGUAGGAGACAAAAAGCCGCCAGACUCGGGUGAAAUGGUUCCUUUGGAAGAGCCAUCGUGCCCUGCAGCACCUGCGCCUCCAUUGCGGCCGCUGGGCCUAACCAAAGAGGUUCUGUCAGCCCACACGCAGCGUGAAGAGCAGGCCUUCCUCACGCGGGUGCAAAGCCUUAGCCAGCUCAGAGUUUUCGACCCCAUCCCUGUCGGUGUAUGGGACGAGCAGAGCCAACGUGUUCCAAGAGGUACUAAGCCUUCACUCUCCCAUAAGCAAAAUAAUUCCUCAGCUAACCCCCCGAUACAUUCAAAGGAAGGUACAAAUACAGGGGGGCGACGGAGCAAGAGCAGGAAAUCAAAAGCCAAGCGCCCAAAGAAAGGCAAAUUUGGGUUGCCAAGCUCUAUACCUCAUCAUGAGGUGCCACCUCUCCUUCCUCCUCCUCCCCCAGGCAUGCCUACUUAUCCCCUGCCAAUGUUUCCUCCCAGGGCCCCUGUUCCGGAGCCCACCCCAUCACUCCCCAGAUACCCAAUGGUUACACCCAUCGUAGCCCUGGUGCUCCCCAACUAUCUCUUCCAAUCUCCACCAGUGGCACCUCCUUUUUACCCUGGAGCCUCUGGGUUUCCACCCUUCAAUCCUACGCCUGAAACGCCUACAGCGGCUUCUGAAGCUCCACCUCCAACGCCCGCUCCUCCUCCUGCACAACCCAUGGCAACAUGCCCACCUCCUUCGCGAUCAUCAUCCCCUCCCCAGCGCUUAUUUCCAUCAAGGUGCAGCUCCCCACUACAGUUAGACUUGCUGCAGAUGGAGGAGUUACCGCAGCCCAGUAGUGGAGCAGGAGCUGCAGCUGUGGACUGGGAGAUUGAAGAGGAUAACAAAGGAGGAGUGGUCCCUGGGAAUGCAGUGGGGCCCAAUGCAGUACCUAGUAAUGGAGAAGACGACAGACAGCCAGAGAACUGUAUGGGGGAUCCUCAGGAGUCCUCAUCACACAACGAUGCUCUCUCCAGUUCUAGUGAUCUUCUCGAUUUACUUCUGCUUGAGGAUUCUUGCUCUGGCACAGGAUCUGCUGCCUCGGGAUCCAUGGGCUCUAACGGGGGCAGUACGUCUGCUUGUGGCACCCGGAGCAGUGAGAGCAGCAACACCAGCAAAUAUUUUGGUAGCAUUGACUCUUCAGAGACCGAUUUAAGAGUCAAAAAAGCGGAAAGGGAGCAAGUGGAACAAAAAGUGAUCAGAUACGUCAUGCAGGACCCACUCUGGCUUCUGAUGGCCAAUGCCGACCAUGAAGUAAUGAUGUCCUAUCAACUCCCGUCAAGAGAUCUUGAAAGCGUCCUUCGGGAAGAUCGGGAGAAGCUUCGACAACUUCAAAGGAACCAGCCUAAGUUCAGCGAGGAGCAGAAGAGGGAGCUGGGAGAAGUCCACUCCUGGGUCCGGAAAGGCCGUUUACCCCAUGUCGUCAACAUCACAUCCUGCACAGGCUGCUCCCCCGACUACGAGGAAGACCUGGAUAUGUCCAUAAUGAUGGAAGGAGUAGAAGAGCCCACAGAAGAGGCAGUGGUAAUCGGAUGAACUCCCCCCAACCACAACUUCUCACUGGUUCAAGCUGCCUUUAUGUGUAACCUGGUCCCAAUGAGCCAUCAGGAGCGGUGGGAGGGCAGGGCCGGGGUACGUGUGUAACAGUUAUAUCUCCACUCAGAGUAAGACGUCAGAUCAUCAUCAGCUACUCAACUGCCAUUGUAAAGGGACAGCGCUAAGAACAGGGCGAGGGCGCUCUCUUUUUAUAUAUAUAUAUUUUUGUACUGUCUUAUUUAUCUCGCUGUGAAGAGCGGCCGCGUGUGUUCUUAGUCGUCCCACAUUUGUACCGUGCUGUAAAUAAAAUCCUGGUUUUUUUUUUU